AUGAGGUGGGGAAAUAAAAAAUCAAAGCCGGACAAACCCCCUUCUAUGGCGGACAUCGGAAAACUACUGCGGAGGCCCCAAAACUUCCAGAGGCCUGACAUGGCGCCACAACCGGAGGACCUGUACCACUCGUUCAGCGAGGCCACCGAGUCGGAGGAGGAAGACUAUGGCACUGGAGUGGUGAGCAGACCGAUCCAAUCACCCACAAAACCUAGCCUCACUGAGGAGAAGCUCAAGGUCAUGCUGGGAGAGCUGCGCUGCAACAUAGCCAACAUCGGAGUCUUCCGCGACGAGAUCAGCGGAGUGGUGGCCCGCCUGCAAAAGCACAAGAAUCGCACAAGAAUCCCGUCUGGCAUCGGUGGAACAACAAAUUCUCAUCCUGCAAAAGACACAGAAACAACACCAACAUAG